UAGGCCCACCCCCUUUCCUUCCCACCCAUUUAUUCUCCCCCUUUUAUUUUAUUGCAUGGGCUCCUUUUAAAAUGAAACCUUGGGCCAAAGUGGAGGCUUUUUUAAAUAAAUAAAUCCCUAUUUAUUUUUAUUUUUAUUUUUUUGUCCUGCCUGCUGCUUGCCUGCCUGUCUUGAUGGGUCCCUGAAGCCUCCACAGGCUAGGAAUAGGUAGCUUUCUUGAAAGGGGGGGGCUUUUAUUUUUAUUUUAUUCUUCUAUUUUCUUCCUCAUGGAGGAAGAAAGUCCUUCCACCCUCCCCAGAGAAACCAUGACCUGAGCUGGGACCAAAAAUAAAUAAAUAAAUAAAAUCCCAUCCGAGGAUUGGGGAUCUUGCUAAUCUUGGAUGGACGUUUCCCAGCAAACCAUGGCAUCAGAAGAGGCCUCGCUCCGAGCCUUGGAGAGCCUGAUGACGGAGUUUUUCCACAACUGCACUACGAACGAGAGAAAGCGUGAAAUCGAGGAGCUUCUGAAUAACUUCGCUCAGCAGGUCGGUGCCUGGAGAUUCUGCCUCUAUUUCCUGUCGAGCACGAGAAAUGAUUACGUCAUGAUGUACAGUUUAACAGUAUUUGAGAACCUGAUUAACAAGAUGUGGCUUGGGGUCCCAUCUCAGGAUAAAACGGAGGUUCGCAGUUGCCUGCCAAAACUUCUUUUAGCUCACCAUAAAACUUUGCCUUACUUCAUCCGAAACAAACUUUGUAAGGUCAUUGUGGAUAUUGGCCGGCAAGACUGGCCCAUGUUUUAUCAUGACUUCUUCACAAAUAUUUUACAGUUAAUCCAGUCCCCAGUGACAACUCCACUUGGGCUGAUCAUGCUGAAGACCACAUCCGAAGAGCUGGCCUGCCCACGGGAGGACCUCAGCAUCGCACGGAAGGAGGAGCUGCGGAAGCUGCUCCUGGAGCAGGUUCAGAAUGUCCUUGGACUUCUCACAGGUAUUUUGGAGAGCAUUUGGGAUAAAUACAGUGUUACGGCUGCCACCCCACCACCAUCUCCGACGUCCAGAGAAAGUGGCGAUCUCUUGAGUAGCCUAUUGCAGAGUCCCAGUGUGGCCAAAUUACUGAACCAGCCAAUCCCCGUCCUUGACUCAGAGAGCGAAUACGUUUGCUCCCUGGCUUUGGAGUGCCUAGCCCACCUCUUCAGCUGGAUCCCUCUGUCGACCAGUAUCACCCCAUCCCUCCUCACCACCAUCUUCCAUUUCGCCCGCUUCGGCUGCGACACCCGCGUCAGAAAGAUGUCCUCCAUCAACGGCAGCAGCCAGAACGCCUCCUUGAGUCACGAGCGUGGCCAGCUGGGCGUGCUGGCCAUGUCUUGCAUCAACGAACUCAUGUCAAAGAACUGUGUGCCUGUGGAAUUCGAGGAGUACUUACUCCGGAUGUUCCAGCAGACCUUCUACCUCCUCCAGAAGAUCACCAAGGAGAACAACGCCCAUUCGGUGAAGAGCCGGCUAGAACAGCUGGACGAGAGCUACAUAGAGAAGUUUACUGACUUUCUACGCCUUUUUGUGAGUGUCCACUUGAGAAGGAUCGAGUCCUACUCGCAGUUCCCUGUGGUUGAAUUCCUUUCACUGCUGUUCAAAUACACCUUUCAUCAGCCCACGCAUGAAGGUUACUUUUCCUGCUUAGACAUCUGGGCUCUGUUUUUGGACUAUUUGACCAGUAAAAUAAAGAAUCGCUUGGCAGAUAAAGAAGCAGUACUCAACAGGUACGAGGACGCUCUGGUUUUGCUGCUGACCGAAGUACUAAACCGAAUACAGUUCAGGUACAACCAGGCCCAGUUGGAAGAGCUGGACGACGAGACGCUGGAUGAUGAUCAACAGACCGAAUGGCAGCGGUAUCUCCUUCAGAGCUUAGAAGUUGUGGCCAAAGUUAUGGAACUUUUGCCAACUCAUGCCUUCUCUACGCUGUUUCCAGUGCUCCAGGAAAAUCUGGAUGUGUAUCUGGGACUCCAACAGUUCAUUGUCACCUCAGGGACAGGCAUGUGGGGUGCCCCUCCAGGCCACCGACUGAACAUCACCGCGGAGAACGACUGCCGGCGUUUGCACUGCUCGUUGCGGGACCUCAGCUCCUUACUACAGGCAGUGGGACGGCUAGCAGAGUACUUCACCGGAGACAUGUUCGCAGCCAGGUUCAGCGAUGCUCUUACCGUGGUGGAGAGGUUGGUCAAAGUGACUCUGUACGGGUCCCAGAUUAAACUCUAUAACAUUGAAACGGCGGUGCCAUCUGUACUAAAACCUGACCUUAUUGACGUACAUGCACAAUCCCUGGCAGCUCUGCAGGCUUAUUGCCACUGGCUGGCUCAGUUCUACAACGAGGUUCAUCAUCAGAACCUGACCCAGUUUGUCUCCUUGAUCUCCACUGCUUUGGAAGCGAUUGCUCCGUUGAUCAGUUCUAAGGUACAGGAGAAGCUCCUCUUGUCGGCCUGCCAUCUACUUGUCUCCUUAGCCACCACGGUGCGGCCCGUGUUUCUCAUUAGCAUCCCAACCGUGCAGAAAAUGUUCAACAGGAUUACCGACAGCUCUACUCAACGCCUUUCAGAUAAGGCCCAAAUCCUCCUGUGCAGAUCACUGUCAAAUAUCUUGCUCCUACCGUGGCCAAACCUCCCGGAGGCCGAACAGCAGUGGGCCAUUCGUUCAACUAACCAUGCCAGCCUCAUAUCGGCCCUCACCAGGGAUUACCGCAGCCUGAAAUCCAGUGCCAUCUUGCCCCAGAGGAAAAAUCAGCAGGACAAUACAAAAGUCCUCAUCCACCAGACUCUUAGCGUCCUGGAAGACAUCGUGGAGAGCGUCUCUGGGGAAGCCACCAAGUCUCGCCAGAUCUGCUACCAGUCGCUGCAGGAAUCUGUCCAGGUCUCCCUUGCUCUCUUCCCAGCUUUCAUUCAUCAGUCAGACAUCACAGACAAAAUGCUAAGCUUCUUCCUGACCCUUUUCCAAAGUCUGAGGGUGCAGAUGGGGGUGCCUUUCACCGAGCAGGUGAUACAAACAUUCCUCAACAUGUUUACCAGGGAGCAGCUGGCCGAGAGCAUCCUCCACGAUGGGAGCACCGGCUGUCGGGUGGUGGAGAAGUUCCUGAAGAUCCUUCAGGUGGUGGUGCAGGAGCCCGGCCAAGUGUUCAAGCCUUUCUUACCAAAUAUCAUUGCACUUUGCAUGGAGCAAGUCUAUCCAAUCGUCGCCGAGCGGUCGUCUCCUGAUGUGAAAGCUGAACUCUACGAGCUGCUUUUUCGGAUUUUGCACCACAACUGGCGGUACUUCUUCAAGUCCAACGUCCUGGCCAGCGUCCAGAGAGGAGUAGCUGAGGAGCAGAUGGAGAACGAAGCCCAGUUCAGUGCCAUUAUGCAGGCGUUCGGCCAGUCCUUCCUGCAACCUGACAUACACCUGUUCAAGCAGAACCUGUUCUAUCUGGAGACUCUCAACACCAAGCAAAAACUGUACCACAAGAAGCUCUUCCGGGCGUCGAUGCUCUUUCAGUUUGUGAAUGUGCUGCUUCAGGUCCUGGUCCACAAAUCCCACGACCUCCUGCAAGAGGAAAUCGGCAUCGCCAUCUACAACAUGGCCUCCGUGGACUUCGACAGCUUCUACUCGGCUUUCCUCCCGGGGUUUUUAUCCGGCUGCGACAGGGUGGACACCAACCAGAAAAACGUCCUCGGGAGGAACUUCAAAAUGGACAGGGAUCUGCCGUCGUUCACCCAGAAUGUGCACAGGCUGGUCAACGACCUGCGCUACUACAGACUCUGCAACGACAGUUUGCCCCCAGGGACCGUGAAGUUGUAGCCGCCGGUGACGACAACGACGACGGACUCGGCGUUUCCCAUCUCCCGUUAAGGAGUGGACCUGGCGUGGCCGCUGCCCUCUGUUCCUCCGAUCUCGACAAGCCCUUCCGGGUGGGUGUGGAGCGUUCCCCCCCACCCACGUGCAAGUCAGGGCACGGAAGGCCAAGGCCGUGCCCCUUCCUCCGUUUUCCUCCCAUCUCGACCUCAACGGCUGAGUCGGCAGCUCUAUCCUCCCGCAAGGGGACUCGGAAACCCGGAGACUGGCCGUGUUCCCCCCCCCCCCCCCCCCCCCCCGGCUGGGUGUUUUGUGUCUUAAAUACCGUGGCGUUGAUUCAAGUCUACAGGUCUCGGUGACUCGUCUUGUGUAACAAACAUGAGGCAGAAACACCACAAAGUCUAUACUUGAGGGGGGUCUUCCCACUUUCAUGCCAUUCCACCUGCUGCCCUGCCCUUCUCCCCCCCGUCGCUGAAAGGACGGUCCCUCCCCGAUAACAUCCUCCCCCCCCCACCCCCGGUUCUGUUUUUACAAUGCCUUGAACCCUCCCUGCCCUUGGUGGAAAUUCACAGAGGAAAAGAGAGAGAGAGAAAGAGAGAGACCAACAGACUGACCUCUGUUUCUUUUGUUAUGAUUUUUUUAAAACCGUGGUUUUUGUUUUUAUUUUCCUCGUCAUUCCAUUGUGAUAACUAAACUGUGCUUAAUGGAAAUAAAGAAAUGCUUACUUUGUUGUUUUAAA